UGUGGGGUGGAUCUAAGGGUUUUAUCGGUUGCCUGGUAACGAGGGAAGCAAUUUAUUGUUUUUAUUACAAGUUUCAUGUUAGUGAUUGAGAUUUACGAGAAAAGCCGAGACGACCACCACAGUUACAAUUGUGUUUAGGUUAUUAGGAGAUGGUGAGAAUCAAUAAAGUCUUGCUAUGUGGAGCCAAACAGAUAGGAAAGAGUGCAAUUCUAGAGCAACUGAUUUACGGACACGUCACCAGAGAUACGGUUGUCUACCCUACUAUUGAAGAUACAUAUGAAUGCUAUGUGGACACUGAUCGGGGAGUCAAAGAGUUGGUGAGAUUUUACGACUUGGGAGGCAUCACCUCCAAAAACAAAGAAGUUCCUCGUCAUUAUUUCAGUGUAGCUGAUGCCUACGUCCUAGUGUAUGGAAUCAACAGUCAUGACUCUUUCAUCAUCAUGGAUUCCUUGAAAAAAGACAUUGACCGAAACAAAGAGAAGAAAGAUGCAGUGAUAAUUGUGCUGGGGAACAAGUUGGACUUGGUUGAAGAAAGACAAGUGGACUAUUCUCAGGCUUCCCUGUGGGCUGCAAAGGAACGUGUUAGACUAUUUGAGAUCUCAGUUUUCGACCACCAAACCUUGAUAGAACCGUUUGUGUAUUUAUCCUCAAGGUUGAACCCACCUCCACAGAAAUCUACGUUCCCUCAACUGAGCAUGGGAAGGAGCAAAAUCAAAGAUUAAAUAUGCCAGUUACUUAAAAUUAAUAAUGCUGUUUGUUUUCCUAUUUAUAUCUCUCAGUAUUAUAUAUCAAACUAUCCUAUUUUCCCUCUCGUAAACAAAUCUCUUUCAUCUCUGGAAUCAAUAAAUGAUAUAUACUUGCAUGAUUUAUCUAUCCUGGUAAAAAUAAAUUGCCUAUCCUGAUUGAAGAAGACUACAAAUUUCCUCUCGCUUUUCGCUUGGUCUUGUUGUUGUUGCAAAGAGAAAAUUGUUUGUGAUACACACCGUGUAUAAAUAUAUAGCCCAUCAUGCAUGAUCUUGAACAAUAAUAUACAGUCUUUGAACUUUG